GUUGGUGGUACAAAGGUGUUGACCGGCCCGGAUCACGAACCCGUGAUUGUCAACGUCCUUCGUUUAGCAGAGUAUAAUGAAGGAGGGAAAGGCCAGCACUUCACAGAGUCCCAGCACAUCAUCCCAUGCAGCACAGAACUGGGCGCUCUGCGUAGAGCAUUAGCGCCAUCAGGAGGAAUCAUUUUAAAGAACGGUUCAGGAUUUGGUAAAGAUGCCAAGAACUGGGAAGUGCUUACUGAAGAAGAUAUGAAGGAGACAGUCAAAAGAGUUGGUCUCACAGAUGGAUGCUCAAUACUAAUUUUAGACAGCCAUGACCAAAGCUUGGUGAACAUAUCAAAUGGUAAUUUAACUGCUUUUACAUAUGACAUCAGCUGGCUCCAAGUUAAAAACUUCUGCAGAACGGAUGCUGAAGAGAAACAAGUUAAAAUUACUGCCACUAUUGAAACAGUGAUGUCAGAUAUAAAAAUGAAAGCAAUACAGGAACUUCAGCUGGAAGAGGAGCUAGCAAAUGACAGCUGUCUCAGACCUGUUAGUGGAAAUGGAAAGCUUCUCUCUCCAGUGCCAGAGGAUUAUACUGUCAAGGAAGCAGAACUGAAAAUGGGAAGCUUGUUAGGGCUGUGCCAUGGAAAAUCUCCAACUUCUACUCAGCUCUUCUUGUAUUUUAUUGUUGGGAGCAACCAACACACAAGCCCUGAAAUGGAGAUAGUUGUGGAAGAGACAGCCUCUGUCAAAGAGUGUUUAAAUUUAAUGCUGGAAAAAUCUGGAUUAUCAGGUGACAACUGGCAUUUGAGAAGGCUUGACUGGUGCUAUGAAGCAGGGGAAGCAUUAAGUCAGGAAAAUGCCACUCUGAAGGAACUUAAUGUCUGCAGAGGGGAUACUUUGGUUGUAACUGAAGGAAAGCUCCCACCAAAGGGGUUCCUGAAAAUACCCAUCUGGUGGUACAAGCCUUUAAGUCGUAUGGAGCAUGGAGGGAGUGCACAAGACCAAGUGAAUGGUGUGACCUGCCGGAUGGAGGCUUUGCAGUUGUCUCCAGCAGCAGAAUAUGUCCAAACACACACGGAUCUGUGUUAUGCUGGCAGUAUAGAAAUACCAGGAGAAGCUUCUUUGGAAGAUUUGAAGAUUCAGGCCAUGACUUUGCCGUGUUGCCAGGAGCAAAUCUUUCCUCUACCUGCAUUUCUCAGAGCCUGGACAGUGGAAAGUAAGCGCCUGGGCAAGCUCUUACGGAGCAACAAGCAGCAACUCAAUGAAUAUAAGCUGGGAGCCAAAGUGGAAAUCUGCAUAGAACCUCUGCAAAAAGAAGAGAAUUUGAGCCCCCAUGAACUGUUGCUUCGAGUACGGAUGGGCAUACCAGGACAGAGGGACUACUACCACCCGACAGAUUUGGUCUGGGAUAUCUCCAAAGAAUGCACAGCCUGGGCACUGAGGCAAAGAGUUGCUUCUCACUAUUGUCUCCCUGUAGAUAAGAUUGAAAUAGCCAAAUACUUCCCUGAAAAAUUUGAGUGGCUGCUGAUAUCUAGCUGGAUGCAACAAAUUUCCAAGAGGAAACGGAAGAAAAAACAGGAGAGUUUACAGUCAGCACCUUAUUACCUGAAGGAUGGAGACAUCAUUGGAGUGAAGAAUCUUCUCCUUGAUGACACAAAGGACUUCAGCACAGAGAGAGAUGAUGUUGGAAAAGAGAAACAAAGGCAACUGGCAUUAGAAAAGAAGAAAAGCCGACAAGCCGAACGUUUACAGAACCACAUUUUAUCUGAGGAAAAGGCGACUCUUAAGCCUCGUAAACCAGAAGUGGCUCUUUCAAUCAAUGUUGGAGUCUUCAGAUAGCAGCAGGCAGCUCAUUUCUUGGCCGGAGCGUUCUGCCGAUGGGCUCAGCUGGAAUGGAGUACCUCAAAUGGACCGGCGAGAGGGAUGGCCUUCCCUGAAGUGGCCUCAAGAAUCACCGAGACAGACUGAAUUUUGCUUUCAGGGUGACUGAUUUUUAUUUAAUCUCUCUGAUGAAGUGCUUUAGCAUCCCUUUAUCCAUGUGGUACUUAUUCUCAGGCUAGGUAAAUGCACUUUAUCCAUGAGAAAACUGAAUA